AUGGGAACAGCCAAGAAGGUGGGGAACGCAUGGAGCAGGAGGCAAAGUCUCUUCCCCAACUACAAAGUCACAGACGUGGACACCAAUCGAAGACCUUCUGAGCUUGUUUACCCACUUGCCAAAGAAAGCUGUGUGAAGACAUGGAACUCCAUGCAGGAACUGAGCAGGGACAUCUAUGAUAUUUACUCUGAGUACGAAGAAGAAGAAGAUGACGGAGGUCCAUACAGCUUCAUCAGGCAGAUAUCCCCCUCCAAGAAAAACUAUGUGAUUAACAUCAAUGUUGGUGGGAAGCCCUACCAGAUAGCUUACAAGAUGGCAGCAAAGUACCCCAAGACCAGAAUCGGACGACUAGCCACCUACACAGACCACAACAUGAAGCUAGACCUGUGUGAUGACUACAUAGUGACUAACAAUGAGUACUUCUUUGACAGGGACCCGGAUGUCUUCCACAGCAUCUUCAACUUCUACAAGACAGGUGUGUUGUGUAUCAAAGAUGAGCUUUGUCCACGCAACUUCUUGGAGGAGAUCAACUACUGGGGCGUCAGGAUCAAGAACACAAACCGCUGUUGCCGCAUCUCCUUUGAGGAACGGCAAGAUGAGCUGAAUGAGCAGCUGAAGAUCCAGAGAGAGCUGGAGGCUGAGGUUGAGAUCGAGGAAAACGAAGAGCUGUUCCAUGACAUGUUCAUGGGCCAGACGCGUCGAGCUAUCUGGAACUUGAUGGAGAAACCUUUUUCUUCCGUCAAGGCCAAAGUGAUGGCUGUUGCCUCCAGUCUUUUUGUUCUGAUCUCCCUGGUGGCUAUGACCCUCAACACGGUGAAGGAGAUGCAGUACAAAACACACGCAGGUCAGCUGAGCGGCAAGACGUAUUGUGAAUACGUAGAGUCCAUCUGCAUCGCCUUCUUCACCAUGGAGUACCUGUUGCGUCUGAUGUCCACACCUGACCUCAGAGCCUUCAGCAGAAGUGUGCUCAACACCGUGGACCUGAUUGCCAUCCUGCCCCAGUACCUGCAGGCCAUCCUGGAGUUCUUUGACAGUGAGCACAACUACAUCAAGCACGAGGCUGACAUGCAGGCAGUGGGGCAGGUGGGGAAGCUGGGACAAGUGCUGAGAAUAAUGAGACUGAUGCGAAUCUUUCGUAUCCUGAAACUGGCGCGUCACUCCACAGGUCUGAGGGCAUUUGGCUUCACCUUGCGCCAGUGCUACCAGCAGGUGGGCUGCCUGUUCCUCUUCAUUGCUAUGGGCAUCUUCAGCUUCUCAGCCAUGGUCUACACCGUAGAGCACGACAUGCCACAGACAAACUUCACCAGCAUUCCUCACGCCUGGUGGUGGGCUGCUGUGAGCAUCUCCACAGUGGGCUACGGGGACGUUUACCCAGAAACUGUUCUGGGUCGUAUGUUUGCCUUCGUUUGCAUUGCUUUUGGAAUAAUCCUCAACGGAUUGCCCAUUUCCAUCCUCUUCAACAAGUUCUCAGACUAUUACUCUAAACUCAAGUCCAACCAGUACACAGCCUGCUUGAAGAAACGAGGGAAGGUCAGAUUUGCAAAGAGGACAGCUAAAAAGCUUGAAGAUUUGUUCAGAAACCAGUGAUUUUUUUUAAAUAAAGGUCUUGUGCAGAAAAUAAAUGUGACUGGGACAAAUGAGCAAAAUAAUUGGUAUAAUAUAUUAUUAGUAGGCUGUAUCUGUGAUUAAAGCACAGGAAAGUGAGUGAUCAGGUGGAUGAGUAGUUUCUAAACACAUUUGUACUUAGUAUAAUUUAUUACUUGUCAAACAUUAACAAUAAAUAAACCUUGUUGAUAAAUCUGACAGCAAUCAUAUGUGUACAUGUACGCGUUUGUAUGUGUGUGAUGUUAUGCAUGUAUACCAUAUAGCACUUAGGUUACUAUAUAGAUAAGACCAGUUUAGUGAGUGAAGAUUUUAACACAAACAAGCAAACAAAAAAUAAUGAUGAAGUGUUUCUGUUUGCAUUUUUAUAAAUGUAGUUGCCUCUGCUGGGUUCAGCACUCCACACAACCAUUGUGUUUAACAGUGUUACAUAUUUUAGUUGUUUUUAGCUAAAGAAUAAAAAGAAAAGACAGUUACAACGGGUUCCGCUGUUGCUAAUGCCAA